CUCCUCCUCCUAUUCCCUCUACAAUUUGAGGCUCUCUCUUCCUGUUUCCCUGCCAGGUCUGCUCAAGAGGUUCUGGAACUCUCUUCUCAGACUCUCUCUCUCUCUCUCUCUCUCUCUAUAUAUAUAUAUACAUAUAUAUUGGAUGGUUAUGGUUCUUGAUGUUUGAUCAGAUUCAUGUCUCCGGUACUAGUGAAGUCCUCAUUUCCGGGUUCGCCAUAAACUCCACCCUUCGCCGGCGAACCCACUUAGUCCAAUCUUUCUCUGUUGUUUUCCUCUACUGGUUCUACGUCUUCUCAUGAACUCCAUUCUCCAUAUCAUCCACCUCAUCAUUCAAUCUUCCACACCCAUCAACAAUCACUUCCAUUUCUGAAAUUCUGAAAUAUCCUCAUAUAUAUAUAUAUAUCAAUCAAACCCAUUUUCAUAUAAAUUUUUUAACAUCUCUUGAAGCAUAUUAAUUAGUAGUAUAUGAUGGCCUCUCCUAGUGGGGUUUCUUCAGGGUCAAGUCAUCUUCUUCAUAGCUCGAGCUCUGAAGGAGAUCCGAAACAGGGCAUGGAUGAUCAGAGGAAGAGAAAGAGAAUGAUUUCGAAUCGCGAAUCGGCUCGGAGAUCGUGGAUGAGGAAGCAGAAGCACUUGGACGAGCUGGUGGCACAGGCGAGUCGACUCAGGGAUGAGAAUGGCUACGUAAUGACAAACGUGAAUUUGACUUCACAGAUGUGGGCGAAUUUUGAGGCUGAGAACUCGGUUCUGAGAGCUCAGGUGGAUGAGUUGACUCACCGGUUGAGUUCUCUAAAUGAGAUUAUUGAUUGCUUGAGCUCCAAGAACGAUAUUAAUGGCGGGUUUGAUGGUAUUGGUGGUGGUGGUGGUGAUGAUUUCUUGAACCCAUGGAACUUGAUGUAUGUGAAUCAACCCAUCAUGGCUUCUGCUGCAGACAUGUUCACGUUCUGAUCUGAUAUGCUUCAUGGUUGAGUCUGUCUUUUGGAUUCAUGUUUGCCACUUGUUUGUAUUGGUAUUAGUUUUUUUUUUUUUUUUUGGGUGGUGUACGGUUAGGUUUUUUUUAAUGAGAGUGUUAAUGGAUGUAGUAAGGAGAUGGGGGAUUGGUGUUUGGUUAUUGGUAUACGUAUUAGUGGUAUCAUAUUUCUUUGUGUUUAUUUAUGUUUAGGUUAAAUUAUAAAUAUAUUUCUUCAUAUUUGUUGUA